UGGCAUUGCCACCAAAUGUUGACCUAAUUUUAUCACAUCGGAAUAUGGUAGCUGAAGCUGAGAUUCUACUAUGUGGAGACUACAAAAGCGACGUCGUUUCGAUCCGACCCGACUUGUUCGACCCGUCAAAGACUGGUCUUGAUGUUUGUGCUUCAGGGUCUGUUUCUGUUCAAGUCACUCGUUCUGAAUCGGCUGUUAGGUGCUCAACUAUUAUUCAAGCUACAUCACUUGAAUCUGGUGCCUCAGAUUAUGUUCCAAGUAUUCGUUCAGGCAGUCACACUGAUAUUGGACCUCGUCGUUCAAAUGAGGAUGAACACAUCUGCGUAGAUGAUAUAUGUGCUUGGUCGGGUUCUCGCUACAGUUUGCCACUCCCAAGUUCCUUUUUUGCUGUCUUUGACGGUCAUGGGGGUUCUGAGGCAUCAGCAUAUCUAAAAAAUAAUGCUAUGCGUUUGUUUUUUGAGGAUGUUGCUUUGCCACAAAUAUAUGAUAUUGACGAUAUAUUAUUAGAGGACCUUGAAAAUUCUCAUUGUAAGGCUUUUUUACUGGCUGACCAAGCACUGGCCGCUGAAGGCAGUGUUUGUGACUUCUGUGGAACAACAGCUUUGACUGCUUUGGUACUUGGAAGGCAUCUACUGGUUGCAAAUGUUGGCGACUCCCGUGCAGUUCUCUGCAGAAAAGGGGUUGCAGUCCCAAUGUCUCAAGAUCACAGACCGAGUUACAUAUCAGAACUGAAAAGGAUCAAGGAGCUAGGUGGCUAUAUUGAGGAUGGUUACCUUAAUGGUGAACUAGCAGUGACCCGAGCUCUUGGAGAUUGGUACAUGAAGUCUCCGUCGGGGUGUCCUGCACCACUCACAGCUGAGCCUGAUGUUCAACGAACCUUACUGACAAAGGAUGAUGAGUUCUUAAUUAUUGCUUGUGAUGGAAUAUGGGACGUGAUGUCAAAUGAGGAGGCAGUAAGACUUGUUCGUGGUCAGCUAAGACAACAUGAUGAUCCGCAGAAGUGUGCUAAAGCUCUUGUGGGUCAAGCCUUGCGCCUGGAUACAUCGGACAAUCUCACUGCUAUAAUUGUCUGCUUCUCUUCCCCUGCAGAACUCACAGAAUCUGUCACUUCUCAACGGCCCAAAUUAAGUUGUUGCAGCCUAUCGGAUGAUGCUCGGAAUAGACUGAGGAGUUUCUUACAAGGCAACUGAAUCUAGUUGUAAUUGGUAGUUUGCGGAUGGAAUAGUGUAGCCCAGAGUUUAGUCUAGAGAAAUUUUGCUAAUUAAUUUAUAAAUCAAAUGAUUUAGCUGUUUCUGGCUUAUAUAAGCCAAAUUUUGUGUGAAAACCCAGUCUCUUUAUUUCAUGGCGUAUUCAUCUUUACUGUUUUUUUACAGGAGAUAAAUAAUUUGAGUUUUUCUAUU